AUGAAAUUUGGAUUCUUCAAAAAGUUAAAGAAUAUAAUUAAAACAACAGGAAAGAAACUAGCAGGAAUAGGAGGGAAGUUAUAUAAAAGAACAGGUAAUAUAACAAAGAAAUUAAUACCUAUUUCAAAAGGAAUAGUAACAUUUCUUCCAGGUGGUGAAAUAAUAGGAAAUAUGAUAGAAAGAAUACCAAAAUGGUAUGAAACAAAUGGAAAAGCACUCACAGAAAUUAGUGAAGGAAAGAAAAUAAAAGAUAUUAUUCAAAAUUAUGGAAAAACACUUUAUAAUAAUGUUAUUUUAAAUAAAGAAAAAGAAAUAAAACAAACAAAUAAUAAUUAUAAUGAAUCAAGAAUAAAUAAAGUGAAAGAAAUGGAAAAUGGAGUAACAAAAGAAUAUUAUAAAAGAAAUUUAUCAUCUUUAUCACCUUAUGAACAAGAAAUUAAUUGA